GGGGCGGCUGCACAGUCUCCGGGAUCCCUAGUCCUGGAGGGGGGUCUGCGCGCGGCCGGCUGGCACUGCCCCCCGUCCGGUCCCGAGCAGGCCUCCCUCGGGCCAGCCCGAUGUGACCGGGCCCAGCGGAGCCUGAGCAAGGAGCGGGUCCGUCGCGGAGCCGGAGGUCGGGAGGAACAUGACAUCGCGGAGAUGGUUUCACCCAAAUAUCACUGGCGUGGAGGCAGAAAACCUACUGUUGACAAGAGGCGUUGAUGGAAGUUUUUUAGCAAGGCCCAGUAAAAGUAACCCUGGAGACUUCACACUUUCCGUUAGGAGAAAUGGAGCUGUCACCCACAUCAAGAUUCAGAACACUGGUGAUUACUAUGACCUGUAUGGAGGGGAGAAGUUUGCCACUUUGGCUGAGUUGGUCCAGUAUUACAUGGAACAUCACGGGCAAUUAAAAGAGAAGAAUGGAGAUGUUAUUGAACUCAAAUAUCCUCUGAAUUGUGCAGAUCCUACCUCUGAAAGGUGGUUUCAUGGACACCUCUCUGGGAAAGAAGCAGAGAAAUUACUAACUGAGAAAGGAAAACAUGGUAGCUUUCUUGUACGAGAGAGCCAGAGCCAUCCUGGAGAUUUUGUUCUCUCUGUGCGCACCGGUGAUGACAAAGGGGAGAGCAAUGAUGGCAAGUCUAAAGUGACCCAUGUCAUGAUUCGCUGUCAGGAACUGAAAUACGACGUUGGUGGAGGAGAACGGUUUGAUUCUUUGACAGAUCUUGUGGAGCAUUACAAGAAAAAUCCUAUGGUAGAAACAUUAGGCACAGUACUACAACUCAAGCAGCCCCUCAACACAACUCGUAUUAAUGCUGCUGAAAUAGAAAGCCGGGUUCGAGAACUAAGCAAAUUAGCUGAGACCACAGAUAAGGUCAAACAAGGCUUUUGGGAAGAAUUUGAGACACUACAACAACAGGAGUGCAAACUUCUCUACAGCCGAAAAGAAGGUCAGAGGCAAGAAAAUAAAAACAAAAAUAGAUAUAAAAACAUCCUGCCCUUUGAUCAUACCAGGGUUGUCCUACACGACGGUGAUCCCAAUGAGCCUGUUUCAGAUUACAUCAAUGCAAAUAUUAUCAUGCCUGAAUUUGAAACCAAGUGCAACAAUUCAAAGCCCAAAAAGAGUUAUAUUGCCACACAAGGCUGCCUGCAAAACACAGUGAAUGACUUUUGGCGGAUGGUGUUCCAAGAGAACUCCCGAGUGAUUGUCAUGACGACAAAAGAAGUGGAGAGAGGAAAGAGCAAAUGUGUCAAAUACUGGCCUGAUGAGUAUGCUCUAAAAGAAUACGGGGUCAUGCGUGUUAGGAACGUCAAAGAAAGUGCUGCUCAUGACUAUACGUUAAGAGAACUUAAACUUUCAAAGGUUGGACAAGGGAAUACGGAGAGAACGGUCUGGCAAUACCACUUUCGGACCUGGCCAGACCACGGAGUGCCCAGUGACCCUGGGGGUGUGCUGGACUUCCUGGAGGAGGUCCACCAUAAGCAGGAGAGCAUCAUGGACGCAGGGCCGGUUGUGGUCCACUGCAGUGCUGGAAUUGGCCGGACAGGGACAUUCAUUGUGAUUGAUAUUCUUAUUGACAUCAUCAGAGAGAAAGGUGUUGACUGCGACAUUGACGUGCCCAAAACCAUUCAGAUGGUGCGGUCUCAGAGGUCAGGGAUGGUCCAGACAGAAGCACAGUACCGAUUUAUCUACAUGGCUGUCCAGCAUUAUAUUGAAACACUACAGCGCAGGAUUGAAGAAGAGCAGAAAAGCAAGAGGAAAGGGCAUGAAUAUACAAAUAUUAAGUAUUCACUAGCGGACCAGACAAGUGGAGAUCAGAGUCCCCUCCCACCUUGUACCCCAACGCCAUCCUGUGCAGAAAUGAGAGAGGAUAAUGCUAGAGUCUAUGAAAAUGUGGGCUUGAUGCAGCAGCAGAAAAGUUUCAGAUGAGAAGACCCGCCAAAACUUCAGCACAGAAAUAGAUGUGAAACUUCACCCUCUCCCUAAAAAGAUCAAGAACAGAUGCAAGAACAUUUAUGUGAAGAAUUAAUUUGGAUUUGGAAGGCUUGCAUUGUGGUUGGCUACCUUUUGAUGAGCAAAAUUUGAAACUAUUUAAAGACCACUGUAUUUUAACUCAACAAUACCUGAUUUCCAAUUACUCAUUUCCUCAGAUAAGAAGAAAUCAUUUCUACAAUGUAGACAAAUGUUAUAUUUUAUAGAAUUUUGUUUUAAAUUGAGGAAGCAAUUGUGCUCUAUAUUUUGCAGAUUAUGGGUAUUCAAAUUAUAGUCAAGGAACUUUUGUUUGUUUUAAAUAACCUUAACCAAUUUAAUUUUUUUUCUCUUAGGAUGAUAGUGCACUUGUAAGAAGAAAUAUUUGGGAAAAUUAAGUAACAACCCUGGAGAAAUGAGAACAAUUUCAUUUAUCAUUGCUUAUCCAGUAGUGGAUAAUUCAUUUUGAUGGUUUUUUUUUUUUUUUUUUUUUUGGCUAAAUGAUCUUUAAGCCAGCGUCUGAGACUGUCAGAAGCUGACUGUCUACCUUUGCAUUGCCAUUAAAAUGUCAUGGAGAAAAAAUCAUGGAAAUUUAUGAAUUAGGAUAAGAGGUGUUUUCUUCUUAGCAGAUGACCAAUUACAUUCAGCUGUUGACUGAGAAGGUUAUGGUAGGAAAAUAUUUGCCAUAUUUUCUUUGUAUUUGAAUAAUUGUCUUAUAUUUAGAAAAAAGGCAUCUACUGAUGACCAGUGUUUUGGUUAUCAAAUGUUGCUGACAAACCACCCCAAAACAUUUUGGCCAAAAACAAUAACUCCCCCACUCCCAUCCCACUAUUUAAUAACUGGGCUCAGCUGAGCUGUUCUUCUGCUGGUCUUGCCGGUGGUCACUCAUGUGGUCGGCAGGUUGGCUGAGACACUGGGAUGGCUAGACUUCUCUCUCUGCAUGCAGUCUUCAGGGGUCUCUCCUCCACCACAUGGUCUCUCUGAGAGGCCUCACCAGCAGGAUAGCUAGACCUCUUACGUGGCAGCUCAGAGCUCUCAAGAGCUCAAAAGCAGAAGUAGCUAGGAUUUCUUAUGAUGUAAGCCUGGAACUGUUGCAGCCUCCCUUCUAUGGCCCUCUACUGAUUAAACAAGUCACAGGCCCAGCCCAGAUUCAAGAAGAGGGCAUAAAGUGGAGGUGCACUUCAUUGGUGGCCCCCAGUCUAACAGACUGUCACAACCAGUGCCAUGGAGAACCAACUAUCGUUAGCAAAAGUAGAAGCUGCUAGUGACUUUGGGAAGCUGAAGCUGCUUCUAGUAGCUGGUAUAAGCAGAUAGUCAGACUGAGAAAUAAAGAGGGGACCUUCAAGAAGCUUCCUGAACCAGUUCUGCCAGCUCCAAGCAUAUUUUCUGAACCAUUACUUGGGAAAACUGGUCACGUAAGGAUGGAUGUGUUUAGAGGCACAGAGCAUUUGAAAGCACAACCACCCCAUCAUUGUUGUAACCCCAGACUGUGGUGAAUGUGAUGCUUUCUUAAUACCACUGGUUUUUAGUCAGGCCUCACACCCAUAGAUGCAGUUAGGCUACAGUGAGAAGGAACAGUCCUAAGAAGGCCUCCCAUCAGAUUGAAUGAGCUCGUUUUUGUUUUAUCCAAGCAGUGAGAUUUGCUAGUGUUCUACCUUAAGUGCCUUCUCUAAAGACAUCCCUCUUUGCCUGUGUGUUGAAUCAUCAUUCAGUGAGUAUAUUUCAAUUAAAGUAUCAUUGGUUGACUUUUGUAAUGAUAAUAAAAUGCUAGGGCAACUUAGCAUUUUAUUUAUGAAAUCAUGUUCUCCUUACUCAGAUUCUCUUGCUUUGGCUUCUGAAAGGAAGGACUAGAUCCAGCCAUGGUAACAGUUCCUUUCUGUGGUCUUUUACCCCUUGAAACCCUGAGAUAGUUUGGGGAGCUCAGUGGCUGCCAUUUUCAUAGACAGAAUGUACAUUGACCCUCUUCCCCCAAUAUCCAUUGAACUUAGAAUUGCUUCAGAACACAGUUGUGACCUGAACAUAUUACUUAUUAGGGGAAUGUAAUGACUGCUCUCUUCUUGUCAAGCCUGUAAAGGAAGAGAUUCCAGUUCAUUAUUGGCAACAAGGAUCUUGUAUCCUGUUCUUUUUAUUACAUUGUCCCAUCGAAUUGUUCUCCAUUUUGAUUCGAUUUUGUGGUAAUAUUUUGACUCUGGACUUUGGGGACAAAUUCUUUCACCAGCAUACAAAGGUUUGAUUGUACAAAUAUAUCUGCUGCAUUAACGUCUCUGCCUGUAGCUUAAGAUCGGUUGUUUCUGCACUUGGGACAGAAAUACCUAAUGUUGGCUUGCUUUGUUACAGGACAUUGAUUUCGUUUAGAUUUCCCUCCACAACAUCAGCAAACUAUCAUGUUGUUAUGUAAACUUAUGCUAAGACAAAAUUUAUAAUAUGAGGGUACUUCAAAAAGUUCAUGGGAAGAUAUGUAUUAUCUUUCAAUUCUAUUUUUCCAUGAACUUUUUGAAGUAUCCUCGUAGUCCCUAGGUUGCUAAGGUUUGCGGUGUGUUUGGUAAAAGGUGAUUGCAGGUUCUCAGAUGAGGUUACUCUACAUGGGAUGGAGUCAGGCAGAGGGGCUGGAAGAUGUGGGGAGCUCAAGGUACAGGUUUAAAAAUAUAGUGGAAAUGAAAGUUCCAAAGAGGUGGUUUCUGAGGAAGUCAAAGGGCCCAGGGCCAGAGCCGUCAGUAAUAGGUGAAUCAAGGUACCUGGAAAACAGGUGUGAUAGUUACACACAUGCAGUCUACUUCUGGGUUGCUGGUAGACAUUAAAUAUGCACAAUAUCCCGUAGCUGGCUGAGUAUUUAAAAAUUGUAAGCAUAGGAUUUUAUAUUUGGGGUGAAGGAAUUAUCUGGCAUGUGGUAUUGGGGUUUUUAAAAAGCCAAGUUUCAGAGACUUAAUAGCUUUUUUCAAAAAAUUAAAAGGCACUUUCUGUUCGGUGCGUGGCCCUCCUGAAACUUAUGGUCAUCUCUCCCAUUGAAAUCAAUGACUUUUCAAAAUGGCUAAGUAGGGAUGAGAAAAUAUAGGUAGGACUGUUUUGGUGUCUGCAUUCUUUACAGAACCCAGUUGCUUUGGAACAGCCAAGAAAAUGGCUAAGAUUAUUUUUAGGGGUUAUUUUACUGGAGAUUUUAAGAACUAAUAUAAUGUCUUGGGUUAUUUCUAGGUCAGGGGAACGUGGAAAGAUAUGCAAUUGUGAAGUGUUUUGUUGUAGAUUAGUAAUCCAUAAAGGAAACUUAGACUGUAGACAUAAAUACAAACCCAGUACAGUUUUUUGUUUUCUGUAUGUUGUUGGGGGAAUAAAGUUUUAUAUAGCAAGCACAUGGCCUCCCUGAUUUCAAGACACCUUUUUAGGAUCUGUAUUAGCCCUUUUGUUGAAAUCUUUUUCCUUCUUACCCUUGAAAAAUAAGUUCCAAAAUAUAGUUUAUUGUAUCUUCCAUCACUAAAAAGUUUGUUCCUUUUUCACUAUGGGCAGUUCACACAAGGCAAAAGUAUUAAACAGUUGGUUUUAGUGUGUUGUAUAACUUUGCUGUAUAUCAAACUAAUUUUACAAGUUUUCAUCCUAAACCUCAAAUCAUGUAAUUAAUAAUUUGCCUGUUUAUUUAUGACUUAAUUGUGAUACUUUUAUUAAUAAAAGCUAAUGGAAAAGGAUCCUUUAUUAAGCUGAUGACUAGACCUACAAUUAAUUUUCCUGCAGUAUAUGAAGAAGUAUUGUACCAGAGUAUUAAAAGUUAUGUAAUAUUUUAUUGAUAAAUCUAUCCUUUAAAAGGAAUACGUUUUAGGAUGUCAUCAUUUUGAUGUGAAUCAUGUAAAUGUUGAUAAUAUGCUGUUUAUUAUACAUUUAGUGUUUCAAGAGAUUCACUUAAUUGCCUUUUUGCCCACGUGUAUUAUGUAGUCUAUUUACAAUUGUUUUUAAAAAUGACAUUAAAUAAUAGUUUAUGUAGAGAAACAUUAGUGGAUAUUGUCUCCCCACCUGUAUUUAUGGGUGUUAGUUCAACUGCUUUGCUAGUUGCAAAGCUGUAUUAUCAGAGUAAAAGUGUAUUUGUAAACUGUAUGGGAACUAAAAAUUAGGAAUAAAACCAUUUUCUUAUAUUA